AUGGGAUCAACAAGGAAAAUGAAAAAUGCUGUUGUGAAGCCUCUUGGAUUGUUGACGCUUCGUUCCCAUCAAGGACACCACCGCGAACGAUGCCACACACAACCGCAAAGACAGCGAGCAACCUCUUCACUCAGUGGACGUGUGGCUACGUCCACUUAUUCGACGAAUAGCCCCAUCAACGGUAAACCGUCGACACCUUCAACUCAAACCACCUCAACCCUAAGAUCUCGGGCGUACAGUAUUUCUUAUGGUUCCCAGGCAGCAUCGAAAAACCAGCCAUCCCUUGCCAACACUCUCAUGAGUGUUUUCCCCCGUCAGUCUUCUCAAGAAGAUUGUGGAGUUUAUCAGGCUAUGGUAGCGCCCAGAAAUUCAUGUACAACUCCGUCAACUUCGACAGCUAAUGAAAUUUCUACGGAUAACGUUGAUGCCAUCAGUACUACUAAACCAAAUGGUCAGGUUGUUGAUGAAGCCCAGAGCUCUCACCAGUUAUCUUCUGCCACACACCAUGCCAUAUCUGGAGAACUGACACCUACUCCAGAUCUCCAACCACUUUUGACGACGGCUACACCCCAAUGCAUGCAGUAG